AUGGGUUGCAGACUUUGCGGACUCAAGAACGCGGGGCAAUACCAUAAGAAGACUACCGAGUCGUUCACUAAGGCUGCGAAACAGAUUCACGGGGACCGCUACGACUACUCACUUGUCGAUUACAAGGAUGCCAAAACGCCCAUAGAGAUAGCCUGCCCCUUGCACGGGCCAUUUCAGCAAACGCCAGACCUCCAUCUCAACAGGAAAUCUGGCUGUCCUGCUUGCUCCUAUGAGGAGAGGGGAAAGAUGUCCGCAAUGCAGACUGCUGACUUCGUGGAUAAAGCCCGCAAAAAGCAUGGCGACCGUUAUGACUACUCACUGGCUCAAUACAAGAACACCGAAACACCUGCCACCUUCAAGGGCGCGGUUGCCCUGUGUGCCGAUACGUUUCUGCCGGCGAUUGAGGUGCACGGCGACCUCUACGACUACUCCAAAGUAAAGUACGUCGGUGCUCGUGAACACGUGACCAUCAUCUGCCCCAUAGACGGGGAGUUUACUCAGCAAGCGGGUUCUCACUUAGCAGGCACUGGCUGUCCCAAAUGCAGUCGGCGAGCGCAGGGCGCCCCCCGAAACCUCGUGCGUGCGCUAAGAGGGGAGUUCGAUGCGGAAAAACAAUCGUUUGCUUACAUCAUCGAAUUCAAGCUACCGAUUAGCGAUUCGCCGCUCUACAAAGUCGGUAGUGGGUCUGGUAAUCGUGUCGCUACGGUGAAAAACAGUAUUAGAAAAAUCGGAGGGUCCGAUAUUGCUGUCUGGAAGCAAGAAUUCGGUACCACCGGAGAAGCAAUCGUUUUCGAACAUCUGGCCCAAGAACAGGUGUGCGGCCGCCAGUAUGUCGUGCUGCCGGAAUUCAAGUUCCCCGGAUAUUCGGAGGUAUUCGCCGCAAAACCACAACUAGAGCAAGUGGAUCGUCAUCCGACAAUGAUCAAGUUCCGAUCUGGCGAGCGCUGGAAUCCGAGGUCGAUUGAAACUUAA